UAACCUCCAAUUAGUGCGCACCAUAUGUAGACGUGCUGCUUUUUCUGAAGAGGCACCCACUGUGGUGCUAUGGCCAGUGCUGACGACCAGAACAACAAUCAACCUCCACCGCCAGCGGCCGGUCGCGGUCAGCAGGUCCGUCACGUGAUCCGCAUCCCUCUUCCUCGUGGAAUCCAGCCUGGACAGAGGUUUACUAUCAGAUAUACUCAACCUGUCCCUGGCCAAGGUGGACAGCGGCCACAUAUAAGACUAAUUCAGGUGCCUAUGCGACCCCAACAACCUGGGGGAAGAGAAGGAGGAGGAGGGGAUGUGUUGCGUGUUCUCAGAGAGCAGGAAGAGGCAGCUCGCCGGGCGGCUGAAGAGGACCAUCGCAGGAGGCAUCAGCUGCGUACAUCCCUAAACACCAUUCAACCACCUCUGGUGGAGUAUAACGAAGACGAGGGCGUGGUUCGGGUGUCAUGGCAACCGGUGGAGGUUGCCGGGGGCGACAGUGUUGAGUACGUCGUCAAGAGCUGGAAGGAUGGAGCGGGGGACCCUGUCAUCAUCUACCAGGGUCAACUGACAAGUUGUGUGGUCGAUACCAUGGAAACACUGUGUCGAGGCCACACCCACCAAGUUGCCGUGAGCGCCUGUGCCUCUGGAGAGACUGGGGAGCCUUCUCAAAGUUGCAGGAGUUGAGGUGACGGUACCAGCACUUGUCCCCGAGCAACCUCCACCUCCAAAGAUAGUCAGUCGGACCAAGAAUACUCUCGGGUUGCGUUGGAACGCACCAGCUGCCAACGGAUCACCCAUCACCCAGUACUCCCUGGAGUGGGACCAAUCCACUGGGGAUUAUAAGGAGGUGUACUGUGGGAAGAAGAAAGAUUUGAAGUUUUCGCAGAAACUUCCGCCGGGCAGCCAGAAUCUUUUUCGAGUGCGAGCGAGAAACGCCGUCGGUUGGAGCGAGUUCAGCGAAGAUACCAUCCACAGCGUGGGGCAAGCUCCGCCUCCUGCCCCACCCCCUCCCUCCCUUUCGACGCGCUCCUCUCACUCACUCAGUCUCCACUGGACCACACCCCCUGGUCCGGGGCGUGUCACUUCUUAUUGCCUAGAGAUGGACGACCCGGAUUCUGGCUAUGGGUUCUGUCCCGUGUACCAAGGUGACGGACUCUCCUGCACUUGUCGCGACCUCCAGAGAGUCACGGUCUACAACUUCCGUCUGUCAGCUCUGAACGAGGCUGGGUCUAGUCCGCCUCGCCUCCCGUCACCUUCACCACGCUCCCAGAGGCACCAGGUUGCCCUGGUAACAUCUGCCUCGGGAGCCGUCCCAGUUCCACGUCACUCAAUCUGGAAUGGAGCCCACCUGCUAACGAUGGGGGUAGCCCCGUAGAAUUGUACAUCCUUCAAGUUGACGACGGAGAUGGUGGAGAAUUGAUGGACAUUUACAAGGGGUCAGAGGUCAACUUUCAGCUAGACUCUCUUUCUCCUGGGAGGAGCUACAGGUGUCGAGUUUGUGCCGUUUCGUCUGGGGGUCAAAGUUCGUGGUCUAACGAGGCAGCGUUCAAGACUCCACCCACUCUGCCACACCCACCAAUCAACAUGAGGGUGCUGGGGAAGGUGACAGUAAGCAGUGCAGUAAUCUCGUGGGGUAGACCUUGCAGUGAUGGAGGAUCAGCGAUCACCAGUUACAGCGUCCAACUUUGCGAGUCCCGUGGAGAUUGGGAAACCAUGGCAACGGUUGCCGAGCAACUCUCCUUCUCUGCCCCGCCCUCCCGGCCGUCCUCCCUCUCUCACACCCUCACACACCUCACACCGGGCACCCUGUACACGGUUCGAGUCAACUGCAGGAGUGCUGUCAGGACAAGUGACUGGAGUGAGGUUACCAGUUUCAGCACAGCUCCAGGCCCGCCUGCACCCCCCGACCUCCUCUCCCUCUCCUCUUCUCUCUCGGCUCACUCGGCUAAACUUAAUUGGAAGGAAAGUGUGGAGUAUGGAAGUGGGGUGUCGGGGUACGAGGUGGAGUGGGGUCCAGUGGGCGGGGCCAGGCACGUGAUGCCCCUCCCACAAUCUCCCUGCGAGGUGUCUCUGACUCAUCUCUCGCCUAACACUCCUCACACUGCCAGAGUCAAGGCAUUGAGUGAGGCUGGUCACAGUGAAUGGUCCACUUCAUUCUCCUUCACCACUUCACCCUCCACACCCUCCCCACCCUCACACCUACACCUGGUUUCGGCCACGCCUGAUUCAAUUCUCGUUGCCUGGAGUGUCCCCCCUUCACCAGGAUCACCACUCUCACACUAUCACGUGCAUCUGCUCCCAGCCCCGCCCACCCCAGACUCCUCCCACCUCGUUAUCCCGCCCUCCGAGACACAAGUCACUCUUCAGAACCUCGAUCCAAGCACUCAGUAUACGGUCAGGGUGCAAGCAGAAAACGGAGUUGGUGUGGGUCAGUUGUCGGCUCCACUGUUGGCAACCACUCUCCCUCCUCCUCCCCUCCCUCCCUCCCUCUCUCUCGUCUCCUGUACCCACACCUCGCUGAGAGUGGCCUGGGGAAAAAAGGCCAGCAAGAGCAUCAGCUACACCCUCCAGAUUGCCUCUGACUCUGGCAGGUUCCAUACCACGUACACUGGAACCGGAGUGGGACACAAGCUCCAGAGGCUCACUCCCUCGACUCGCUACACUCUCCGAAUUGCCGCCUCCUCCGAGAGCGGACAGGGGGCGUGGUCUGACCUCUUGACCUGCGAGACACUCCCCGUGGGUCCGAGUCCUCCACUGGAUCUGGUGAUGCGACAGGAAGGUGAUGUCAUAAUGAUGUCAUGGGAGGAAGUGGGUCACAGUCUUUCAGUGACCUAUGAACUCCAGUUGAAAAUUGGUAGACAAGAUUUCACUCAGGUCUACCGAAGCUCCGCCCCCUCAUAUGCCCACACCAUCACAAACCACACCCACCACCAAGCAAGGGUGAGGGCGUGUGCCAGUUGCCAUGCCAACGACAGGAAAGAGCAGCUGUUUUCUGGUUUCUCAUCUGUCACUAGCUGCGACUGCUCUGCCCCGCCCCCCUCUGAUGACCACACCCCUUCCACCUCUCUCAAUGACACCACUAAUACCGUGGAAACGACAGGGGCUCCCCAAGAAACCAAGUGGACGUGGUCUGAACACUGGCUGAAACUUUUCUUUGUGGUUCUGUCAGUUUUUGUCGUCGUCAUAGGGAUAUUGCUAGGAAAACUAUUUGUUUCGUCACAGAAGUAAUUUUUGUAUAAUAUAAUAUACAGUUCUGUAAAUAAAAUAAAUCUCUGAUGAGAGUCAUGUGAUGAGAUCAUGAGAGUCAUGUGACCCAAAGCUGCCUUCUGCACUUGGCCGGAUACGUUAGAUGAACUCUAUUCCUUCCAAUUUGACAUCUGCUAUUUUCUGCUCGGCCAUUAAAGUCUUUCCCGAGAGGUCAAAGGCCGUGAUGUAUGUAGCGAUGGUUCCGCGGUUCUCCUCAGACUUGAGUGCCACUAUGACCGAGUCCCUGGAGCCAGGGAGAAACUUGAACGAAGAGAACCCGUGGACGUUGUUGAGAGGCUGUGGGGAGAGGUCGGGGAGGAACCAAUGGAAGAAUUAGGUGGGAAUUUUGACAGAGAGAGGGAAAAGAGGGGGGAGAGGAUGAAAUCAUACAGUGAUAGAAAACAAGGAAGUAGAAAGUGAAAAGGAAAGACAAAGAGCAUGACACAAUAAUGGUGAAGGUUAUAAAGUAAGGAGAGGGAGAUGAAUAUUAAAGUAGAAGUGAGCCAG